ACUCCAAAGAAGAAUUAUUAGAUCAAAGCCAGCUUGCAACUCAAUAGAGUUCACUGCCUUGACACCAUUGUUCUCUUACCUUUCUCUGAAAAGUCAUUCACUUUGCUGUUGCUAAGAUCAUAUCAUGGCUGGUGCACUUGUUGGGGGAGCUUUGCUCUCUGGCUUCAUUAACGUUGUCUUUGACAGGUUCAUUACAACGGAUGCGGUCAACCUGGUCUUGGGCAAGAAGCUUGGUCAUGACUUAGUUGAAAGGCUGAAGAUUUCUCUGCUUGCUGCUGAUGCUCUGGUUGGUGAUGCUGAGUUCAAGCAAUUGGACAAUCCUUCUGUGAGGGAGUGGCUUAACAGUCUGAGGGAUGCUGUUUAUGUGGCUGAUGACUUGCUGGACGCUGUCCUCACCAAAGCCGCCACUCAAAAGGAGGUACGUUCUUUCUGGCCUGUUAGCUUCCUCAACCGGGAUAGGAAGAUUGUAGAUAAGAUGGAAGGGGUGGUUAGAAGAAUAGAAUUUCUUGUAAAUCAAAAAGAUUUCCUUGGUCUUGAGAAGAGUUCCUAUAGGGACUUUUUGUCAUGGAGAAUUCCAUCCACAUCUCUGGUGGAAGGUAAUAUCCUUGGCAGGGAAAAGGACCAACAGGAAAUCAUCAAGAUAUUAAAUGAUAACAGAGAACAUCAGUUGUCUGUGAUUCCCAUUGUGGGCAUAGGUGGGGUUGGCAAAACAACUUUAGCACAAUGGCUGUACAAUAAUGACAAGUUGAUGGAGGGUUUUCAAGUCAAAGAAUGGGUUUGUGUCUCUGAAGACUUUAAUGUUGUUCAGGUUACAAAGAAUAUUAUAGGUCAAACUGCUCGUAAUACAGAGGAUUUCAAUUCACUUCAACUUGAACUGAAGGAAAAAUUGUCGGAAAAGAAGUUCUUUAUUGUGUUAGACGAUGUUUGGAGUGAUGAUGGUGAUGUCUGGAAGAAAUUUAGAACCCACUUUCAAUAUGGGGUAAAGGGAAGUACAAUUCUUGUAACAACUCGUGUCAAAGAGGUUGCCUCUGUGGUCCAAACUUGUCCCCCUUACAUUCUCAGUGAGUUGUCUGAGGAUUGUUGUUGGUCAGUGUUUGCAAACAAUGUUUGUUUUCCAGAAUCAAAUGGGAAUUCAAAACUAGAAGAAAUCGGUAGAAAGAUAGUCAAGAAGUGUAAGGGGUUGCCAUUAGCUGCAGAGACACUUGGAAGCUUGUUGCGAACAAAACAUGAUGUUAAGGAAUGGGAAGCUGUAUUAGUAAGUGAUAUUUGGGAAUUUUCUGUGAAAAACAGUAAAAUUAUUCCAGCAUUGUUAAUCAGUUACUUUCAUCUUCCUGCACAUUUAAAACGUUGUUUUGUUUAUUGUUCAUUGUAUCCCAAAGAUCAUUGUUUUUGUAAAGAUGAACUAAUUUUGCUAUGGAAGGCCGAAGAUCUUUUAAGGCCACCAAAUAGAGGGGAGAGUUUAUUAGAAGUUGGUAGCAAAUGUUUUGAUGAACUAGCUUCUAGGUUGUUUUUCAAAAGACAUGAUCACUAUGCUUCUGAGAGCUUUGUGAUGCAUGACCUUUUACAUGAUUUAGCAUUGUUCCUUGCUGGAGACUUCUAUGGUAGAUUUGAAGAGCUUGGUGAUGCAGUGAAUGUGUAUACUCGAACUCGUCAUUUGUCUUAUGAAAGUUCGAAUCUAGUCUCAGAAAAUUUUAGUUCCAUCAGUAAAGUUGAAUCUUUGAGGACAUUUUUGUCAACUAAUGUCUUUUCAAAGUCAGAUAACAUUGAUGAUGUAACAUGUAAUCCAAUAUUGAAGCUCAAAUAUUUGAGAGUUUUGUCACUUCCAUCCUUCAAAGCACUUGAUGUAUUGCCUCGUCUAAUAGGUAAAUUAACCUAUUUGCGUUACUUGGAUCUCUCUAGGACAUGUAUUAGGACACUGCCAGAAUCAUUGUGUGACUUGUACAAUCUACAAACAUUGAAGCUGGCAUGUUGUUCUAGUUUGACUAAGUUACCCAAUGGCAUGCAUAAACUUGUGAAUUUGCAACAUCUCAAUAUUUCGGGUACUGAUUUGAAAGAAAUGCCAAGAGGAAUGAGCAAAUUGCAACACCUGCACACAUUAAGCUACUUUAUCGUGGGCAAGCAUAAAGAUAAUGGAAUCCAGGAAUUAGAGCUAUUAAAUCUUCAUGGAUACUUUGAGAUUCAAAAAUUGGAGAAUGUCCUUGAUGUGAAAGAAGCAAGGAGUGCAAGGAUAAUAGAUAAGAAGAACAUUGACAACUUAAUGUUGGAAUGGUCUUCAGGUGAUUAUAUAGUUUCAAGAACACAAACUGAAAGAGAUAUACUCGACAGCUUGCAACCGCACCAUGGCUUGGAAGUGUUGCAAAUCAGGGGAUACAAGGGUACAAUAUUUCCAAAUUGGAUGGGGCAUUGUUCUUACCAAAACAUGACUGAUGUGUCUCUGGAGUCUUGCAAGAAUUGUUGCAUGUUGCCUUCACUUGGACAGCUGCCAUCUCUUAAGUCCCUUUGCAUUGAAGGUUUUCAUCAGCUGAGGAGUAUUGGUAUGGAGUUUUACAAGAAUGAAGGCGAUCAUCAUUCUUCGCUUCUUGCACCGUUUCCCUCAUUGGAGAUUUUGGAGUUCAAUAACAUGCCAUGUUGGGAGGUGUGGCACUUACCUGACUCAGAAACUUUUCCUCGACUCACGAAGCUUCAGAUAAGAGAUUGUCCGGUGUUAAAGGGAGAUAUGCUUGGCCGGGUAUUCUUGAGAAUCAUUUCUUCUUUGUGGGAUGUUUCAAAAGUUCGCAGACUAGAUAUACGUAUGGAUUAUGGAGAGUCUGAGAUGUCACUUAUUGGAGAGGAUAUGGUAUCAAUUAAGGGAUGUGAAUCUAUGCUGAAGUUUGUACUUCAGGCAAUGAGUGUCAACCAUCUAAGUUGCCUCAAAGAUAUCUAUAUCUCAGGUUGGUCACUUGAUGUACUCUUCCGGGACAAUUGUGUACUCAAAUCUUUGCAAACUCUGAGAAUAUGGGGAUGCAGCAAGCUGAAAUUCCCCCAGCAACAGCAGAAGUACAGUUUAGUAGAGCUAUUCAUAGAAGGAAACUGUGAUUCACUGACCUCAUUGUCGUUGGAUGACUUCCCCAAUCUUAAGACUCUCACUAUAUCAGAGUGCAAGAAUCUGGAAUCAGUUUCAUUGUCAAAGCCAUCACAUGCUGCUCUUCAACGUCUCACCAUCUUUAAAUGCUGCAAUUUUGUGUCAUUUACAGGAAAAGGACUGGCUGCACCCAACUUGAUUCGUCUUGAGGUCAGCUUCUGCACCAAGUUGAAGGCAUUGCCACAUGAUAUGAAUACUCUUCUCCCAAGUUUACAGUCUCUCGAGAUAGAGGGCUGCUGGAAAAUUUGUAGGUUGCCAGAGGUUGGUUUCCCGCCUAACCUGAAACAGCUUAUUAUUGGGAAACAAUGGAGGGGUCUAUCGUCGAUGCGCAACUUGGACACCCUCACUCAUCUUAUCAUUGAUGGUUCUGGCAGUCAGAAUGUGAAGUCAUUCCCUGAGGCCGGUUCGCUGCCUCACCUUCCCUCUCUUACCACUUUGAAGAUCAGUCAGUUUAGUAAUUUGGAGACAUUAGAGUGCAACCAACUUCUCUGCCUCACCUCCCUCCAACAUUUAAUAAUUGAACGAUGUGCGAAGCUGGAGAAUAUGGCAGGAGAAAAGCUGCCUUCCUCUCUAUUGCUACUUGAAAUUGACUACUGUGAUUUGCUGGGAGAACACUGCAAGAACAAGCAUCAACAAAUUUGGCCCAAAAUUUCCCACAUCCCAUCCAUUCAAGUUGGUACCAAAGAAGUGUUUCUAUGGAGAACUGAUCGCUACACGUACAGAGGUAAAAGGAUGCAGAUGGCUAGGAUUCCACCAUAUGUGUAGGAAUUAAUAAUCCUGAGUUUGUUCGAGGCAGUAAACUGGAGUUGUAUGUUAGGAAUCAGAAGAGGUGGUUUCUAUUUUUAGCUGCAGGUUCUUUACAACAGUCUACUAACCUAACUACAGCAGUUGAGCAAAUAGAAGAAAACUUGAGAGGAGGUGCUAUUUUCAUCUCAGCAGAUUUUUUCGUCAGCAACUUGUUUUCAUCAAGUGAAAGAUCGGAUGGUAAAAUCUAGUGAUAUUGAACUGAAAUUGUAACAGGAGAUUCUUCACGCAAAGUUCUUCAAUUUGGAGGUGUGGUUUGCAGCCUGAGCUCUGUGGUAGAACUGCCAGAAAGUUUCAUUAAUUUAAUCUUUUGGGUGACCAUUUUCUUCUGUAGAAUAUGUGGUCAGUGCUUGUAAGUUCUGAGACUUGUUUAUUUUGUUCCUGAAGCUUUUUACCUUCUCUUGAGUUUUUAACUCUUGCAUUGAGAAAAUAAUGAAGCUUGUAUAUGCCACUUUCUUUGGAAAAUUUUCUUAGUUUUAUCUCACAAUGCAGAGUUUUGUGAUCUGUAUUUCUCUGAGAAGAAGAUAAUAUUUAUAUCCAGUAAUCCAA